AGGCCCCGCUCCUCUCCCUCCCUCCCUCACGCUUCUGCUUCCUCUUCGUCUGCGCUCUUUUCGGGCGUAAAAGGGUUUUCGAAAGCCCCUGGAGAAAUCUCUUUCAGCCUCUCUGGGAACUCCAUCCAGUUUUUUCUUCAGGUUGAGGUUGAACUACCAAUAACCUAUAAUUGGAAGUUGAGAAGAUGCAGGAUUUGAUUUUAUUUCCUUAUUGAUCCGUUUUUCUUCUUCAUGUAAUCAUAUGAACAGCUUUGAGUAACGGACAGUGAUCUCUCCUAGAAUCUAUUCUAAAAAGAUAUGAAAACAAGGGCAUUCUGUUGUUUUAGUGGCCAGAUGUCAUCAAGCAGAUGGAAAAUAUGUGCAUUGUUGCUUGUCUUCUUCUACUCAUUUACAUCAGGUGUGUAUGUUGGGAUUAACAUUGGCACCGAUAUGUCCAACUUGCCUUCGCCAUCAGACAUAGUCUCAAUCCUCCAACAUCAUGGGAUCAAACAUGUGCGCUUGUUUGAUGCAGACCACCAAAUGUUAAAUGCCCUUGCAAACACAGGUAUAGAAGUUAUGGUUGGGGUUCCCAAUGGUCAGAUAUUACAAAUAGGGGAAUCCAAAACAGAAGCAGCAAACUGGAUUAACAAGAAUAUUGCAGCUUUUGUUCCUGCAACUAAUAUCACAUAUAUUGCUGUUGGGGAUGAGGUCCUCACUACCAUUCCAAAUGCUGCUCUUGUUCUUGUACCAGCCUUGCAAUUCCUCGAGUCAGCACUUCUCGCAGCCAACCUUAAUUUUCAAGUGAAAGUUUCAAGUCCCCAUUCCAUGGGUGUGAUUCAAAAAUCCUUUCCACCAUCUACUGCCACCUUUAAUUCAACAUGGAACUCCGUGAUGGUUCAGUAUCUCCAGUUCUUGAAGAACACCGGGUCUUCUUUCAUGCUUAAUGCACAACCGUACUAUGGUUACACAACUGGAGGCGGUAUCUUCCCUUUAGAGUAUGCUCUUUUCCGGAUGCUCAAUCCAAACAAGCAGAUUGUUGAUCCCAACACACUUUUCUCUUACAGCAAUAUGUUUGAUGCUAUGGUUGAUGCUGCUUAUUACUCCAUGGAAGCUGUGAACUUUUCAGCCAUUCCUGUUAUUGUCACAGCAACAGGAUGGCCAUGGUUUGGCGGUGCUAAUGAAAAGGAUGCUGAUGUAGACAAUGCAUUGGCCUAUAAUAGCAAUCUCAUCCGUCAUGUUUUAAAUGGUUCUGGCACGCCCAGUCAACCGAGCAUACCAAUUAAUACCUAUAUUUCUGCUCUAUUUAAUGAAGAUCUCCGGUCAGGAGCUGUUUCUGAGAAGAACUGGGGGUUAUUCUUUCCAAAUGGCACAACUGUGUAUUCUCUUAAUUUUGGAGAUAUAGCCGAGCUUGAUACGAACUCAACUGGUUUGGUUGGUGUCUUUUGUGUUGCACUUUCCAAUGCAAAUCGUACUGCUCUGAAAGUAGGUUUAGAUUGGGCUUGUGGACCUGGCGGUGCAAACUGUAGUGCUAUACAACCUGGGCAGCCAUGCUACGAUGCUAAUGAUCUUGUUGCCAUUGCUUCCUAUGCUUUCAACGACUAUUAUCACAGAACGCAAGCAAGUGGUGGGACAUGCAACUUUGGGAAUACAGCCACAAUCACCCAAGUUGAUCCAAGUCAUGGUUCAUGCAUCUUUGCAGGCAGUACGGGAUCGAAUACAAGCUCUGGCGGUAGUUUUUCACCACCAACUUCAGCUUUCGGACCAAUCAGCCCCGGAAAUGGUGGUUCAACGUCUCAACCAACUGAAUUCAUUUCCCUUGUUCUUCUAUCAGCAUUGCUUUUCUUCAUCAACUUGUAAAAUACGUCACACCAUUAAAAUACCAAUUUUGCUAAGCGACCGAAGCAUCGCGAGGAAUCUGCCAUUAGAUUUUUGACUGCUUGAAUUUAACACCAUUGUUAAAUCAGUUGAAGUCGAAAGUGCAUUUUCGCUUUCAUCGGUGACUUUUUGGAUUCAAUGGCUUCACCAGUGGAUUGACUUGUAAACUACAUUGAACACUAAUCCACUGUAAAAAUGAGAAACAGUGAACAUGGAAUGGACUUUUUUCCAGCUCUAGUUGAAUUGCUACCUUUGUCAAGCAUUGUUGUUCU